AUGGAGUUUGGAGAUCAAACUGAGAUAGAAGAGCGUGGCAUCAACCUAAGUGGUGGACAGAAACAGAGGAUACAACUUGCUAGGGCUCUAUAUCAAAAUCGUGACAUAUAUCUUCUCGAUGAUGUUUUCAGCGCUGUUGGUGCUCAUACUGGAUCAGAAAUAUUUAAGGAAUGUGUGAAGGGAGUGCUUAAAAACAAGACGGUUUUACUUGUAACUCAUCAAGUUGACUUCUAG